ACCCCCAGGCCCUGGAGAAGAUUCCAUAAGUCUUUCGGGGGACGGUGUAUGAGACGGCGAGCUAUGCCGUCGACCACUUCUACCACUUCAAUGAGAGGGAGCUGCGGGCCAUCGAAACAAGGAGCUCGGUGGGCGUAAUGGAAUCUUCAUUGGGCAUGGCCCUAAAGAGCGUCUUGGCCCUUCACCGGAGCAUAGCCAGGUCCAAGGCCCAGCUCGAGGAUAUGAGGGGCGAGCAUCAGGCGGCUUUGGCCGCCCAUCAGACUUCCUUGCAGACGACCCAACAGAAGGAAAAGGAAGCCAAGGAUGCUCUGGCGGCCGUACAGGCCGAGCUGGAAGAAGCCCGUCCCAAGCUUCAAGAGGCCGAGGCUACCAAAGCCGUCCUCGCUGCCGCGCUGGUCGAGCUAGACUCUGCGAAGGCUGGGGCCGAGGAGGCUAAGGCCGCCUUGGAAACGGAGAAGGCAGCAUCCAACACCGCCAUGGAGGACAUGCUCUACCAUUGUUGGGCCUAUAACCCGGAUGGCGACUUCUCAUUCUUAGGAGCGGACGGGGAGGUCUUCCUGGAGGGGUUCAAAGCUCGCCUCCAGCAGGAGGCACCUUCUGAGACCUGGGAGGCACCCAUCGUAGCCGAGCAGGAGGGCGAGACAGUGACCUCCGCGAGGCAGCCUGGUGGAGCUUAG